AUGGCUUCGUAUCCGCGGGUCAAACGACAAAUUACUGUCGAACGGUGUGAAAAACUUUUAUCUGAACAUUUCUUUACCGACUUAAAUCUACGUUCUUCACUUUAUCAAAAAUGCACGAAUUCGGAAAAGUAUGUUCAACUGUCCGUGUACAAGGUUCCGGACCUUAAGCGCAUUAGCUUUGAGGAGGCUGUGAAAGGAACUUACAAACCCGCAAAACGCGGGGACUCAUUUGGUCCAAGUUGGUCCACGCAUUGGUUUCAUAUUCAUGUUACGGUGCCCGAUGAUUGGAAGCAUGAUGAAGUGCAGUUCAUAUGGGAUGCGAAUAAUGAAGGAAUGAUCUGGAGCACCGAAGGUGUUCCCAUUCAAGGGCUUACCGGUGGCGGAGGUGACACCCGCCGAGUUGAAUACAUCCUCACGCGUCAAUCCAAGGGUGGUGAGAAAUUCGAAUUCUAUCUUGAGAUGGCUUGCAAUGAAUUGUUUGGCAAUGGAUCCAAUGGGCUAAUCAAUCCCCCGGAUCCGGACAAAUAUUACACCCUUAAGCAAGUUGAAUUGGCCGUUCCAAACCAUAGAGCUUGGAGAUUGUUUCACGACUUUGAAAUCAUUCUCGAGAUGGCUAAAUCCAUUCCAGAUAAUACGAUGAGGUCGGCUCAAGCUCUUCACACCGCGAAUCAUAUCGUCAACGUUUUUCGUUCGGACGAUGAAAAUUCCAUUGAUGAGGCACUCGAGAUUUCUCGUGAGUUUUUAAGUCACAAAAAUGGCGGCGGCACGCAUCUUAGGGUGACGGCCAUUGGAAAUUGUCACAUCGAUACAGCUUGGUUAUGGCCAUUUGAUGAGACUAAGAGAAAGGUGGCAAGAAGCUGGUCGACACAGGUUGGAUUAAUGGAGAUUUACCCGGAAUACAAGUUUGCUUGCUCUCAAGCACAGCAGUUUGAAUGGUUACAAACUUAUUAUCCUGCGCUAUUCAAAAAAAUCAAAGAGAAAUCUGCAGACGGGCAAUUCUUACCUAUAGGUGGGACUUGGGUCGAGAUGGAUUGUAACAUCCCCAGCGGGGAGUCAUUCUGUCGACAAUUUUUAUUCGGGCAACGUUUCUUCGAACAGAAUUUUGGUCAUAGAUGCAAAGUAUUCUGGCUCCCAGAUACUUUUGGGUAUUCUGCGCAAUUGCCACAGAUUAUCAGGGGUGCUGGCUUGAAGUACUUUUUCACACAAAAACUCUCGUGGAAUAACAUUAACUCAUUCCCGAACACCACCUUUUAUUGGAUCGGACUCGACGGCAGCAAGGUCUUGACGCAUAUGUGUCCCGCCGAAACAUACGUGGCCCAAUGUAGACCCGGAGAGCUCAUCCGCAGCGUCGAAAACCACAAAGACAAGGAAUUCAGUGAUGAAGCUCUGCUUCUAUUUGGUAACGGAGAUGGCGGCGGCGGACCACUUGCAUCAAUGCUCGAACGGCUUCACCGAUUGAAAGACAUUGACGGCCUUCCAAAAGUUGAAAUAGGUUCGGUCGAUGAUUUUUAUGAGAGGGUUGAGAGAAAUUCUUCCGAGCUAGUCUCCUGGAAGGGGGAACUUUAUUUCGAGCUUCACAGAGGCACAUACACAUCGCAGGGAAAGAUUAAACGGUAUAAUCGAAAGUCCGAGUUGUUGCUGCGAGAUGUGGAAUUGUUGUCAACCUUUGCUUCUCAAAGUGACCAAAAAAAUUGCGAUUAUCCAAAGGAUACAUUGGAUGGAUUAUGGAAAUAUGUUUUAUUAAAUCAAUUCCACGAUGUUUUACCGGGCUCUUCCAUUGAAUCGGUUUAUGUCGAUGCAUACAAGUGUGAACUGACUUCAAAAUUUGACGACUUUACGCCUCAGUUUUACGAAGAGGUUGAAAGGAAAGGUAUUGAACUUCGAGAAAGGGCUCUUGGAACAUUAUUCAAAUCAUCUGCAUCUUCUCCGGAUACCGAGGAAGGGUUACUCGUUUUCAAUACGCUCGGAUGGGAUAGGACGGAAGUUGUUGAAGUUCCGGUUUCUUCCGGAUUGGGUUCCUUUACUCAAUACGCCGUGGAUAAAAAGUCCGGUUAUGUCCUUGUUAAGGAUACUGUUAGCUUGGGCAUUCAAAGCGUAGACGUUGGAACAAGCGAUAUCGGUGAUAUCUCUCCUGCAACUGUUACCUCGGUGGGGCAUGAUUUUUAUCUCUUGGAGAACCAAUUCGUCAAAGCUACUUUCGACAAGCACGGUCGUUUGACAAGUCUCAUCGAUAAAAUAAAAGAUCGGGAAAUUGUUCCCCCUGGUCAAUUUGGAAAUGCAUUCAAAAUUUAUGAAGACAUUCCACUUUUCUGGGAUGCUUGGGAUGUGGAAAUCUAUCAUCUCCAGAAAGGACGUGAUGCUGGUCUCGGUGGAACAGUAAAGAUUUACGAUAAUGGGCCACUCCGUGCUUCGUUGAUCCUGGAGACAAAACUGAGCAAGAAAAGUUCAUUGCGCCAAAUCAUUUCUUUGUCAGUUUUCUCUCAAAGACUAGAUUUUGAGACGGUGGUUAAUUGGGAUGAAAACCGACAAUUUUUGAAAGUGGAAUUUCCAUUUGACAUUAAUUGUGAUUAUGCCACAUACGAAACUCAAUUUGGUUUUAUCCAAAGACCAACCCAUUAUAACACUUCCUGGGAUUCUGCAAAAUUUGAAGUGUGUGGGCAUAAGUUUGCUGAUUUGUCGGAGUAUGGUUAUGGUGUGGCUUUGUUGAACGAUUGUAAGUACGGUUACGCCACUCACGGAAAUGUAAUGCGCUUAUCCCUCCUAAGAUCACCAAAGGCGCCCGAUGAACAUUGUGAUAUUGGUACUCAUGAGUUCAAAUAUGCAAUUUACCCACAUUCUGGUUCCUUUUUGGAAUCAAACGUUGUUCGAGAGGCUUAUCAAUUCAACGUGCCAUUGCUUGUGAGGUCCACACCUAAAGAAUUUACCCAAUCGUAUAAACCGAGAUCCUACUUCUCUGUCGAAAACGCGCCAAAUGUCAUCCUUGAUACUGUAAAACGUGCCGAGGAUUCAGAUGAAAUCAUUCUUCGAUUGUACGAAGCUUACGGUGGCCACGCCACGGCUAGAUUACGAAGCUCACUUUCGGUGGAGAGUAUUUUUGAAACGAACAUCAUGGAGGAUGAACAAAAUCCUAUUGAAUAUGACAUUUUAGGUGGCGCCAAGAUUAAAUUUAAACCAUUCCAACUAAUUACGUUAAAGGUGGUUUUAAGGUGA